AUGGCGCGGGGCAGGACGCGGCCGCGGCUCCUGGCCGAGCUGGCCCGCCGCGUGCGCGCCCUGCGGGAGCAGCGGGAGCGGCCGCGCGACUCGCAGCGCUACGCCCUGGACGCGGACACGCUGGUGCGGCCGCUGUCGGGCCGCCGGCUGCCCCCGCGCGCCUGGGCCGACGCGCGCCACGAGAGCCGCCUGCUGCCGCUGCUCAGCCGCCUGCCGCUCUUCGGCCUGGGCCGCCUGGUCACGCGCAAGUCCUGGCUGUGGCGGCACGACGAGCCGUGCUACUGGCGCCUGACGCGCGUGCGGCCCGACUUCACGGCGCAGGACCUGGACCACGGGCGGGCCUGGGGCGUCCUGACCUUCAAGGGAGAGACGGAGCCGGAGCCCCGCGAGAUCGCGCAGGCCAUGUACCACGACUGGCGGCUGGUGCCCCGGCACGAGGAGGCGGCCUUCACCGCGCCCGCGCCCGCGCCGGCCCGCGGGCCCCGCGCCGUGCCCUACCCGCCGCUGCUGCGGGCCAUGAUCCUCGCCGAGCGCCGCAAGAACGGGGACGGCAGCGCCGCCGAGCCGGAGCUGCUGCUGGCGGGCGCGCACGGGGCGCCCUGGGACUACCCCGCGCGGACGGACGGAGGAAGGCCGCGGCCGCCCCCCGCCCGUCCCGGGACCGGCGCCUCUGGGCGCAGCGCCUGACGCCGGCCCCCGCCCGCCGCGGCAGCCGGGCCAAUAAAGACCCCCGACCGAUC